CACAGCAGCUGCCAGUGCAAACCACCUCCUCUUCACUCCAAAAGACAUAAAGCUGGCACAGAGGACGGCCACUCCCAUGUCCACAUACAGAGGAUUGGUGACAUCAGCAUCAAUCCGGCAGCCACCUCAGCCAUAAGCCAGCAGCGGGGGAUGAGGAGCAGUGGGACAGCACCUCAGUCAGUGAAGAGAAGCAACCAGACGAGAGGAAGGAGCAGAGUGGACUAGCUCUCCGGAGCCGACACAGUUCUCCGAUCACUGGGGAUCCCGCCAUUCAGCAGCCAGGAUGGCUCGGGACAUGUCAGAUAAAGAAAUCUUGAAGAUGGAGUUGGAUCAGUUGAAAAAGGAAGUUAGCACCCCAAGAACACCAGUGAGUGUAAACUGUGCAGAAACCAUUGCUUAUGUUGAAGGACUGUUUCCCAACGAUCCGCUGAUUAAGGGUGUUCCAGAUGACAAGAACCCCUAUAAGGGAGACAAAGGAGGCUGUACAGUUACAUAGCACACAGACGGGCAUCAAAGGACAAGUCACUCAGUUUUUUAAAAUCACAUUAUUAAUUUGUAGACACGUGAAUAAAAUGUACAAAUGAAAGAAAGACAAUGUUAGUGCUGACACUUGGACUGUAUGUAGCUGUUGAUAUGAAAAUGUGUUAAUCUGUAAAUAAAUGCAAAUAGCUUUG